UUCUGUCUAAUUUCCUUCUCUCUUCUUUUUUAUUCACUCUCUUUCAAUCUCCUGUUUAUUUUCUCGCAACCAAUCGAAGAAAAAUGUAAUAACCCCUCAGAUUCACUUUUUGAUCCUUUAUUUCUCUUUUUCUUCACUGAUACUAAAGUUUGCUUCUUUUUUUCUAUUGGGUGUAAAAGAAACAUUUCCAUGAAUGAAAAUGUUGUUUCCUUUACCUUCAUUAGCAGUUUACAUAUAUAAGUUGUAAUCAACACUACACUCUCAUGGAACCUUCUGUUGAGUAGAAGUGUGUCUUAUUGGUGGGUCGAGAGCUAGAAGAAAGUGAAGCUCGGAGAGAAAACGAACAACCAGUUACACAUUUCAGAUCUGAAGUUUAUUUCCCUUUCAUUUUAUCAACAGUGUUUCUUUCCUCACCAACUCUACUAGAAGGAAAAAAAGGGUUCUAUUUAUUUAUUUAGUUAUUAUUAUUUUUUCUUGCACUGAAAGAAGGAGGCUUGGAAAUGGCGUCAAGGGAACGAAAACCCAGAAAGAGGACGACGGGUACCACGCGCAUGGAUGCUGCCCUGGACGCAAUGCGUCUAAUUGGAUUUGGGAUAAGACUGACUCGAGAAACGGUUAACGAGCUUCUCGAUGUGUACGGUGGAUCUCAAGGAUGGCCCUUUAUUGAAGAGACCUCUUACAAGCUCUUAAUUGAGACUUUGCUUAGCAAACAAGAAGUUGCUGUAGAAAAAGUUAAGGAUGGUAAAAGAGGGGGUGCUGUUAAUAAUGUGACACAAUCUGCUGGGAUUUCUGAGGUUGGUACUUCUAGACGGGUGUAUGAAAAUACUGUAUCGCAUACUGGUAGGAAUGGUUUGGACUUAACUACUCAGAUCACUGAUCAAGGAGAUUCAUUACCUGACAAUCUAGAAAUUGAUGUUGGGGAUGUGACCUUGCAAGCUGCUGGAGGAGGACCUGAACAAGGCACGAACAAGUCAAAAAAUGAGCAAAAGCCUGCAGAUAAUGUCCAAGAAAUCAAUGAUAACCCUUCUGACAAGGCUCUUAUGAUUCAAUCUUCAAAAGCAUUUAAUCCUCUUCCGAAUCACAGGCGUGAAGGUUACCAUGGAUGGAUUGGUAGUGAUGAGGAUAAGGAAUAUGUCCACUUUCCAAUUCCACAAUUAUCUGAACAAAUUGAAAAGAUGAUUGGACAAUAUGAAGCUCCUCGAAGUGACAGAAGUAGAAGACAGAAGAGUAGAUGGGAUGUAAAACCAGAAUGCAAUUAAAUGAAUCUCUUGGCCUUUGUUUUGCCAUUGAAGAUAUCUCAAUUGAUUUAUUUUUGUUACAUCGUCUAAUAUUAAAAAUGAGAUCUCAAACAAAAAUGCAAUUAAAUAAUUCUCGGACUAAUAGUUAAAAUUUGUACUGUUAUGUUCUGUCUAUAAGCCAAUGAAAUUGAAAUCUA